AUGUUUGGUGGGAAUUCAAGCGCCUUUGGGACUACUGGGCUCGGAAACAAGGCAUCUAGCGGAAAUGCAUUUGCCAACCAAUCUAAUCCAUUCGCAACAAGUUCAACAAACUCAGGGUUUGGUGGGUUUGGAGCCUUCAAGAAGUCCGAAACCAAUACCAAUGCAUCAUCUCAGCAAUCUGGAUUUGGAGGCUUUGGUACCAAGAGUAAUACACCAUCUCAACUGAGUGCAUUUGGUAGUACAGGAUUUGGUAACACAACCAAUACAUCAAGUGCCUUUGGGAACUCAGGUUUUGGAAAUGCAGGAUUGGCCAAAUCGACCCCAGCAUCUAAUAGUGGUUUUGGUUCUAGCGGGUUUGGAAGUAAGGGUAACUCAGCAGGUUCAACGUUUGGACUGUCCGGAUUUGGAACAUCUGAAUUUCUGCAGACAAAUACCAGCAACAGCAACAGUCUGCCAUUUGGACAAAUGGGAAACACAACUAAACCGUCCCCAUUUGGAACAACAACCUCACAACCUUCUCCGUUUGGAUCCACCACAACUCAACCAUCUAAUAACAAACCUUCACCAUUUGGUCAAACAAGCUCAUCACCUUCACCUUUUGGUUCAAGCGCAACCGCAACAACAACUGCAACAAACACUUUAUCUGCAUUUGGAUCAUCUAGCAAUAAUAACUCAAACCCAUUUGGUGGCCAAUCAUCAACAAGUUCACCAUUCGGUCAAUCACAGACAUCAGCUUCUAUAUUUGGUGCUAACAAUCAAACACAAUCUGCCUUUGGAACGGCUUCUACUCAAAAUGCAAAUCUGGGAUUUGGGUCAGGCAACUCAACAUCGAGCACUAUUGCAAACACUAAUCAGAAUUCAUCAACUACUAACACUGCCAAUCCAUUUGGCUCAACAUCUGAGACUACUCCUACUUUCUCAUUCAUAUCAGCUCAACCCAAACCGCAACCGGAAAUUACUGGUAACAUUGAUAUUGACAUCAAAGAUAGCACACCAGAUAAUGAUGAUUCCUUGCCUGCUCUGAUACUACAGGCAUUCAAUGCUGAUAUGUUUACGUUGGGGCAAAUACCGGAUGGACCACCACCACCGGAAUUAUGUAGAUAA